AUGGGUGGGGAAUCAUCAGCUGGUCAUGGCACUGCUACAAAUACUUUACCCUCAUCUGCUCCUGCUUACGAAUUGCCAUGGGUUGAAAAGUAUCGACCUAUACUACUUGACGAUAUUGUGGGCAACAAUGAGACGAUUGAACGUCUCAAGAUUAUUGCAAAGGAUGGGAAUAUGCCACACGUCAUCAUCUCUGGGAUGCCGGGUAUCGGGAAAACAACUUCAGUGCUUUGUCUCGCUCGCGCAUUAUUAGGCGAUGCCUAUAAAGAGGCUGUGCUUGAACUGAACGCGUCUGACGAACGUGGAAUCGACGUAGUUCGGAAUCGUAUAAAGGGAUUUGCACAAAAGAAAGUCACCCUACCUGCUGGUCGACAGAAGAUCGUUAUCCUUGAUGAAGCUGAUAGCAUGACUGCCGGCGCCCAACAGGCCCUUCGCCGCACAAUGGAAAUAUACUCAUCCACUACCCGGUUCGCUUUUGCUUGUAAUCAAUCCAACAAGAUCAUUGAACCUCUUCAGUCCCGUUGUGCAAUUCUCCGAUAUUCACGCUUGACAGACCAGCAAGUUCUCAAGCGACUUAUGGAAAUUUGUGAGGCAGAGAAAGUUGAUUAUUCAGAUGAUGGAAUCGCAGCCUUGAUAUUUUCGGCAGAGGGAGACAUGAGGCAGGCAAUCAACAAUUUACAGAGCACUGUGGCAGGCUUUGGGUUUGUGAACGGGGAUAAUGUGUUCAAAGUAGUUGAUUCCCCACAUCCAAUUGCCGUACAGGCAAUGAUCAAGGCUUGCAAUGAGGGAAAGAUUGACUCGGCGCUCGAAAAAUUGGAAGAACUAUGGGAUAAAGGGUAUUCAGCUGUUGAUAUAAUUAGUACUAUGUUUAGGGUUACCAAGACUAUUGAUAGUUUGAGUGAACAUGCUAAGUUGAACUUCAUUAAGGAAAUUGGGUUUACACAUAUGCGUAUCCUCGAAGGUGUCUCAACCCUUCUACAGCUGAAAGGCUGCGUGGCACGAUUAUCAAAAAUAAAUAUGCACCCAGAACUUUUUGUUCCUAAAUGA